AUGAAAGCGGGGAGAAACACCGACUCAGAGAAGGAGGCGUUAGGGUGGCAAAUGGAGAAAAGCCUAAAACAGAGAAAGCGGAAAAAUAGCCAUACAGACGCGGUAGGGUUAGAGCAUCAUGGGGUGGCUGCUGUCGAAAGGGGCGAGGCCGUCUUGGCGAGCGGGGGAGGCGAGAAUGAGCGGAUGGAAAAAAGAAAAGUGGCGGAAAAGGUGCAGAAGGCCGAAAAGACCGAAAAAAAGGACAGAGCUGGACAUGGCAUCCCGCGUAGAAGCCAAAGCGCUAGCAGCUUGGGCUCGUCGGUCAUGGCGGAGGCCCGCUCCAAAAGGGGGGACAUCCAGGUUAGUAGAGAGGAUAGUAGCGAGGUUAGCAGUCAGGUUAGCAGCCAGGUUAGCCGCGAGAUUAGCCACCAACUCAGCCGCGAACCCAGCGGAGAGGUUGGAAAGGGCCCCCCCGCGGGCUACGAGUACGACCUUGGAAUCGACAACGACGUGGAGAACGAAAUGGACGACGAGUACGACGAUGACAUGAAUAGCCACAUGAACGACGCGCCGUUUGAUUUGUGCGAAUCGCAGGAUUAUGAAAAUGGAGUGGAGGAGAACAACACAAAAGGGGAGGGGAGCGCAAAGAAGAACUUGAGGGACAAUUCGGGGUACACAGACACGGAGGUCUCCUACGUGAGCGAAAUGGACAAAAUCAAGCUGGACGCGAAAAAUGACUGCUGCUGUUGUUUCGCGAGGAGGGGGAAGAAGUUCAGCAGCGCGGGGGUGAGCGACUGCCUGGGGGGGCAGCACUUCGUGGGUGCAAAGAGCUGCAGCGAGGCAAACCCCUGCAGCUGCGCAAACAUUUGUGGGGGCGCGAAAAAUGGGCACGGCGCAGACCGCGAGCGGGGGAGCCAGAAGAGGAAGAAGAACGCAAGCAGCGAGCUGAAGAAUGCAAGCAGUGAGCUGAAGAACAUGGACUGGCUAAUCUACACCAUAAGGUACAUGGAUUAUAGACGCCUGAGGAGGAGGUUCAACGGAAUCAGGAAACCAAUUUCGAAAAAAAUUGUCUUUAUUAUUACCAUUUUCUGUUUAAUUCUCAUCUCUUGGAAGUACUUCAAGACGUCGUAUGAGAACAGCAUGCUUACCAUUAGCUUCAAAGUGCAGACGUCCUUUUUAUUUUUCGUAGAAGCUGCAUUGGCCAUCAUAGGAGUGAUUAUAUUUGCCAAAUUCCAAACGAGGCUGAGUCUACACUGGCCUAUUUACGCGUCAUACAUAUUUAUAAUCUGCGCAUCAAUUUUGUUAAUAUUUUAUGAGAAAGACAAAAAUGAUAAAAUAUCCCGGGGGGAGCACAUCUUAAUGAUUUAUGGGUUAGUACAAUUGUCCCUAAUAAUUAUAGUAAAAAUAAUUAUAUGUAUAGGUCCCCUUCUGGCUAUAUAUGGUUUUUUCUGCCCAUGUACAGAGCACUGUCGAAUUUUAAAGAAAAAAAUAGCAACGAAUAAGUUAAAUAUAACGAUAAGUAGGUACAACGACUUCGCUGGGAUGUGUGGAAAUAACUUCUGCUGUUUGUGCCUUUGUGCUUAUCGAUCGUUCUAUCGUAUUGUAAACUGCUUUUAUAAGAAGUUUUCCAAUUUGCGUUUUAAAAUGACAAAUGAUAGUAUCAAUGAGGCCCCUUUUAGUCACCAGCUAAGGUAUAAGGGGAAGACAGAUAUAUAUGGUCGACCGCAUGGCUACGGAGAAUGGAUUGAAGAUCAUUCAUAUGGAGAGAAGCUAAGAGGUUUCUGGUUCCAUGGGUACCCAGUAGGUCCUUUCAUAUCUCAGGAAGUGGGCAGUGGCUCUCUAUUCGUUAAUACCAGAGUUGGGUUCGCUGCCUGUGUGGGAAAAGACUGGUCAGAUGUACGUUAUGGCGUUUCCUGCACGGAGUGCUCCAUCAGUGGCCACUUUUUCAAUGACUUUCCUUUAACCUAUUUUUUUGAUCCCAAAAUUGAGAAGGAUGCCAAUGGAAGGCUGCCAACCAACAGGUAUGAUAUCAUCGUAAAGGAUAUUUUAAAAGAAAAUUAUGAAGACAUUUUAGGCUACGAUUUGAAGUGGUGUUUUAAUAUGCUAAAGGUGAAUAGCAGCACUACCACGGAGUAUUUUUCCAACAACUGCAUGAUUUCUAUUGACCAUGUGACUAUGAGUUUGAAGGUGCAUAAUUACAAACGGUUGGGACCCGUCAAAGGGAGGAACAAUAACAUACUGGACGAAAUUACCGUCAAGUUGGUACACCUCCCGAAGGUAAAAAAGGGGAAAAAAAUUUACAAAAGGAAUUAUCCCUACCGGUUUAGCGGCAAUGGAAACCACGCUGUGUUGUAUGGCAGACCGGAAAAGCAAGACGAACAGGUGAUGAAGGGCCAAGAAGGGGAAGAAUUUUUUUACUCCAAUCAGAACAAAAUACAUAACAGUAUUAAGAAGCUGAGUGCACAUGGGAACCAGAAUUGCGCGAAUGAGCUGAAGGAGGACAGCUACCAUUCCUACUAUACACACAAACUGUCAGACAAGCUGCUGGACUCCGUAAAUGAUGAUAUUUAUUUGUACAAAAUGAAUAAGUCCAUCAAGUCGACUGAGAUGCAUAAAGCGCCGUACCUGUUUGACCGCAGUGGGGGAAGCACCACUCCUGAUGAGGACGCGAAACGGGGGACCUACCGGAUCGGCCGAUCUCUCAACAGCCAACACUGUUGUGUUCUUCCCCAUCGGAGCAGUUACUGUGGUGUGAAGGGAAAACAUCGCAAUCGACAAAUUGGCGUAGACAGCCGAAGUGACAGCUCCCCCGAGGUGCAUUUCGGAAGGAGAGUUAACCAUGCAGGUGAUACCGCUAAGCUUCCAAACGAACGAGAGCGGAGGCGUAGAGCGGAAAAAUCAACCCGUAGAAGGUGCCAUGUCCCCCCGCAUGUUAACCUCUUCACGGAGGAUAGCGCCACCAAAAGUAACUCCUCCUUUUGCCGAAAGGACGACACGUUUGUGGUUAAUAUAAACGGUUUUGGAAGUGAGCGGCGGUGCACUGAGCGGCGAAGCACCCGUGGCCUUCCUGUUGGAGCGCCUGGGAGAGGAACGCCUAAGAAGGAGGGAAGGAAGAAGCUGCGCAGGAGGGAACCGCGCUGUGGGAGUGCCCCCCACGGGGAAGGAAAAAAGGAACGCAAACGCGAAGGGCUCAGGUGCGGGGAAAAAGAACUCCUCUGCGGCAACGUUUUGCGUGCGAAGUUUAGGGAGCACCACGCGGUGGGGCUGGAAAGGGAGGGGAGCGACGUUAACGAAGAAAAGGUCGGUAGGGUGAGUCGUCCAAGGGAGAGGCCGCCAAGUGAGAGGCCGCCAAAUGAGAGGCGUCCAACUGAGCGGCGGCAAUGCAAAGCGGAUGCGGGAAGGGACCCCCCCUCGCGCGCCACGGCAAAUGAAGCCCAUCACGUGCAGCAGAGCGAAGCUGAGGGGAGCUCCCCGAAACGUCAGCGAGAGGGAGAAAAGAGGCAGAAGAAGAACAAAAAUAGAGUUACCCUCCCGAAUGAGCAGGAGAAGAGGUUCGAAGAGGAGGCGAAAAAAAGUGACGAAGUGGGGGCAAACAAAAGUGACGAAGUGAAAUGGAAGGAAAGGACGGUUAACCUGAAGGAUACAUCAAGUGGCACCUCCAAUUUUGGAGAAAACAAAGCGCUAUUCAUUUCGGACAUUUUUAAAUCUUUUAUAAAAGCGGGAGUAGCCAGGAAUUCAAGAGGCAAAAAUGUGAAGAAGAACUCCAGUGACGAGAGAGAAGAUACCAAGCAGCAAACGUAUACGGACAAAAGGAAAAAAAAUAAAAAAUCGAAAAGGUGCUAUUCAAAUGUAAAUAAAGGAAGGAAAGAAAUUUACAACAAGACAAUGAAAAAAGGAAGUCUACACAGGAUGAAAAAUUCAAAGAUAAAAGGAUUUGUAAAAAGGUAUACUAGACAGUAUAGGAAGGGCUCCAUCUAUAUAACUUCCAACAAGAAUAAAAUCGAUAAGUUCAUUCGAUCGAAAUACAAUAGCAACAGUAAGAACACGCAAAUUAUAGGCACCUUGGGGGACACAGUCAAAAGUAUUAACGAAUCGUUUGGCAGUUUGAAUGGGGCCAACUUGUCAAGCUAUAAUAUGCAAAGGAAUAAAACCAUUGCGCAGGUAUUCGCGGAGGAAGAUGAAUGGGAGAACUAUCGCCAUCAACAUAAGGAAAAAAUUAUUGUGGAUGGUUGGCAGUCAUUAUCUUUAAAACAAAAUUUGAACUUCAUGCCGGAUGAAAUUGUUAUAUAUAUACACGGAUACAAUGUGAAGUUACAUCAUGGGUGUUCUCAGUUGGCUCACUUGGUUUCUUUUUCUAAAUUGCCGUCGUAUAUACAACCGUUUGUUUUUCACUGGGAGGGCUACAUGUGGGGUGCUUUUUCGGCUCUAUCCUACCCGGUGGCGAGGAAAAGAUCCGAGAUGGCAGUUUUGGGAAAUUCCUUCAAAACGUUUAUACGGGAGCUUAUCAACUCGGGCAUUAAGAACGUGCAUAUUAUAAGUCACUCCUGCGGUUCGAGGCUGUUUUUCAACGGGUUCGCUAGCUGCGUGGAGGAUAACCUGUUUUACAACGUGCUGAAGAAUGAGAAGUCUGCGGGGAGGCAGGGGGGCCCCGCUGUUAGCGGUGUUGGCGGUGUUGGCGAUUCUGGCGGUGUUAGCGACGCUAGCGAUGUUAGCCACAUUCGCGGCGCCUCUCCGCCCCCUCACCGCCGCCUAGCCGCCAGCGCGACCGGACGCCCGCCGGGCAAAAAGCGGAAAAAAAAAAAGAACAAGCAAAUGAUUGUAAAAACGGUGAUUUUGCUGAACCCAGAUUACCCGCUGGACAAGUUCCUAGAAAAGGACUUUUUCGUGCUGAGGAGCCACUGCAACCACAUCGUCAUGUACGGAGACACGAGGGACCAGGCCCUGACCUACUCCGAGACAUGGAAUAGGGAAAAGUGCCUGGGAAAGAGAAUCUUCAAGUUGAAGCUGCCCCUAUACAAAAUAUACAAUUGCGAAGAUUACCUGAAUUUAAAUUUGGACCGUAGUAACUUCCUCACGGGAAAUUACGAAGACAAGUACAAAAUGUGUGAUAACGUUUUGUUCCCCAAUUCGUCUUAUGUGGAAGAAAAAAUGAAGUUGAAGCAGAGCCAGCGAAUCGGGGAGCAGCUUGACAGGAGUGAUAAACCCCACCAGAGGGGGAAAGAAAAUGAAAGAGAAGAAAGUCACCCACAGAAUAAAUCUACGCAUGCUAAUGCAAACACCAGUGGGAAUGACCAUCACGUGGGUAAGACCAUUCGGAAGACAUCCACAUAUGACUAUGAUGAAGGUGCUUCGUGCAUUUCUGAAGACUUAGCGCAGAAUUACCUGAAUGAAAAUUUCCUUAAAACUGUAGAGUUCAGUGACUCCAGUUUAAGGGCCUUUACAUCCAAAAGGAGGUUUAAAAUAUCAAAGGCCUUUAAAAAAAUUAAGAGAAAAUGGCUAUUCAAAAAUAAGAAGAAGCAUAUUUAUUUUAACCAAAACUCUAUUAAUAGGCCUAACAAUAUAAAAAUGAAAGAAAGGGUGUCUAAAACUUCAGCUCAGACGUCUAAAAAAACGGACACUGUAUAUAUUUCAUUUGAUAAGUAUGCUUGGCUAGACAUGGACGUGAUUGAUACAACGUUCGUUGAAACAAAUGUAGAUUUUUUGAAGCAUUCCUUUUAUCAGGUGAAAAGAGAAAUUAUUGAUGACAUACGGGAGGUGCUCAUUUCGAAUAUACCCGUAUGUUUUGUUGCGCUGAAUUUUCUCCCAUUUCGGCGGGCCGCCGAUUUGAUGUUUUUAAAUUAA